CGUCGAGCUGAUGCCAUGUUGUCUCCAUAGCGACAAGAUCCCGGAAAUACAGUGUAAACUGUCGGCGCUGACUUUUUUGGUGACCAGCUUACUGCGCGUUCGUCCGCUUUGUUUGUUUGUUUGUUUGUUUUGGUGUUUGGUUCGUUUCUGUUUGUUCAAGUCAGUAAACAUGUCGGGGCCUAAAGAGGAGCUGGAAAAGCAGAGAGACAGCACGAAGAAAAAGAAGAAGAAGAAGAAGAAGGCAGAAAGCGGAAAGAAGAGAAGGGAGAAGCAGCAGGAGGAAGAGGGUGUGAAAGGGGGAGGAGGAGGAGAAGAAGAAGAAGGAGAAAAGCAGCAAGUGGAGGAGGAAGAGGUGCACAGCAGUGACUGUAUUGUACUGCGUGGGAUCUUCAAACUGGGGAAGAAGAGUCACGACGUCCUGCUCACCCGAACCAGACUGACCUGGACUCCCAUCACCCCUGAGAUGCCGACAGGUGAGGCGUGUGUGCUCCAGCCAGGUGUGAUGCCACUGCAGGACGUGUUUGCAGUGAAGGUGAAGCGGCGGCGAGCAGCGGGCCAAGAGUCAGGCGGACCCGUGCUCGGUGUGACCCUGUUCUGCUGCCGGAGGAGAGGGAGGAGGCUGGAGGAGGACACGCUUCACCUCCACAAUGCCUCUGCUGAACAUACGUUCACCUGGUACAACACACUGAAGGAACUGGUCUCAGGCUUCAGCAGUCGUCCCAAGUGUCUGAAGGUGUUCAUCAACCCCAGCAGCCACAAGAAGGAGGCCGUGCACAUCUACAGGGAACACGUGGCUCCGCUCUUCAAGAUGGCCGACGUCUCCACUGACAUCACAGUGACAGAAAAGAAGGGUCAUGCUCUCUCAGUGAUGAAGGAAUGCAAGCUGGAUGAAUUUGAUGGGGUGGUGUGUGUUGGGGGUGAUGGUUCAGUGGCAGAGGUGUGUCACGCUCUCGUCCUCAGAGCUCAGCUGGAUGCAGACUCUCCAGAGAAACCAGUGAAACCAGUGUUGCCACUGGGUAUCAUUCCUGCUGGUUCCACAAAUGUGGUUUCUGGUUCUGUUCAUGGAGUCAGAGAUCCGGUUACAGCAUCACUUCACAUCAUCUUGGGUCACCAGCAGCAGGUGGACAUGUGCAGCUUCUCCUCUCUUGGUCAGUUGGUGUGUUUCGGUUUCUCCGCCAUGUUUGGCUUUGGUGGCCAAAGCUUGGCACGGGCAGAGAAGAAGCGGUGGAUGCCAUCGUCACAGCGACGCGAGUACGCCCUGGUGAAGACGCUGGCUAGAUUAAAACCAGAGGACUGUCACCUGUCUUUCAUACCAGUGACGAAGACAACCAGGGAUCUGUUUGGCCACCAUGGUGAGGAUGAGGAUCUGGACCAGGAUCCAGGGUCAGUUGAUGCAGAGGGAGAGGGGACCUGGACGACCAUUAAGGGCCUGUAUCUGAACAUCAGUGUCAUGUCCAUACCCUGUCUGAGUCCACAUGCACCUCGAGGACUGGCUCCCAACACCAGUUUGGCAAAUGGCAGCGCGUCGCUGAUUGCAGUGGGAAACACUUCCAGGUCAGAGUUCAUCAAACACCUGAAGAGAUACAGCAGCUCCAGUGGACAGUUUAGCUUCUCCUUUGUGGAGACGCACACCGUGACCGCGGUGAGGAUCCGCCCUCGCUCGCAGAGAAGCUGGUCCGAGGAGGAGAGUGAGGGGGAGGAGGGCGACUCCAAAACGACGCCCAUCAUCCAGACAGAGGGAGCCACCUUCCCUUGGAACAUCGAUGGAGAACUUGUGGAGAUCGCUAACGAAGUGCUCAUUAGGGUCCACCCGAGACUCAUCACUCUAUAUGGAGAGGACAUGGAUGAAGCUGAAUCAACUGUGUCCUGCAGCUGCAUCUGAGUCCAGCCAGCCAGUGUGUGUGUGUGUAUUUGUUACCUCUUUAGGUCGUUUUUCGGCAAAAAAACUGACCUUGUCAGGACCACUAGUCAUGGAGACCAAAACCUGAUCCCUGGGCAGAACCUCAUUUCUGAGGAGCUGGUUAUAAGGGCUAUUAUUUUAAUUUUGGUCAGGUGAAGGUUUGAGUUAGACAUUAGGAUAACACUUUCUUUAGGCUCAGGUCAGUGCUGCAUCCUAUGAAGAAUAGUUGCACAAACCUGUGUGUGUGUGAGUGAGUGUUGGAAACAUGUGUCCAUGCUAAUAAUGACAUAAAAGUGCCCUGUAGGUGCUGUCAAUAGUAAUGAGAAUAUAUUUUUUAAAGUUUCAAAGUAGCAAAUAUGUUGCUGUUUCCUGUUAAAGCCGCAUUAUUAUAUAUAUAUUUUUGCCACUAUUUCUACUUUACUAACUCGUGAAUUUUAAGCCUUUGGCUUUUAAGCCACAUUAAGUUUAUCACUUCUUACAUUCUUAAUAAUAUUCAAAUGAAUGUUUACAUUUUAUUGUUUCUAUUUUGAAAUUAGGCAGCUUUUUUCCAAUGACAUGACAGUUAAUAGCAGUAACGUGAAAUAACAAAAAAAUGGAAUGCAUUUAAAAAACUAUAACGUUUAAGGGAGUUAAAAAUAUCAAUGCGAGGUAAAAGGUUUAUGUUUAUUAAUAUUAAAUGUUAACGAGCUAUUUGUAUUUAACAUGCUAUUUUUAUGUAACUGAGAUGAUGAUGAUAUUUAGAUUCACACCUGUGACAAUGAGAAAAAACAACACGUUGUUUAAAUAGAAAAUUAUUUUUAAUAUAGGUGUUGGGAAAAAAAAAAGCAGUGAGACUCUCCAGUGCAGAACAACUUCACAUAACCAAAAACAAUAACAUACUAACCUAUUAAUAAUAUUAAAAACAUCUCUGUGUGAUGUGCAUUUAUACGAAAGGAAAGAACAAUCGGGGGAGCACCUGUUGAAACUGCAUUCACAGAAUACAGGUAGUUAAAACAACACUUUUUAAUACUUUCAAUACCAUACCUGUUAUUUUAAUUUUUGUUUUUUUCAAAUAGUGGUUUUCAGGUAAUCUUCUAAAAUUCAACACUGUGGCUCAUCUGUUCCUGUUCCUUUCAACUAGAGGUUCAGC